CUGUAGGCGAGCAAAGACAGCGAGGUAGUACGGAUUAGUACGUUCACGCAGUUAGUGCUCGGCGUACAAAGACUAAAGACUAUUUCUUCGUAGUGCAAUCGUCACAUCUCUGCUUGAGAAAGCAGAGAGAAACUUUUACCGAUUGAAUAGAAUUGUUGAAGUGUCGAAAUACAGCAGCUGAAAAAUGGAGAUUUGCAACCGAGAGGACCGACUGUGCGAUAUGCCGUGCGGAAAAGCGUCGCGCCUCGUUGACAAUGGGGAGAAACUCCGGCGGGAGAAAGUUUCCACCCUGCGGCAACUUAUAGAUGCACUAUACGAGGCCUAUGACACGGAUAAUGUGAAUAUAGAUUACGUUAAAGAUCUGAUGAUGAGCUACAAGAGUAAUCCCGCGGAGUGGAAGAAAUUUGCCAAGUUUGACAGAUACAGAUAUACCAGAAACUUAGUUGACGCAGGGAACGACAGGUUCAAUCUCAUGGUAUUGUGCUGGGGAGAAGGUCACGGGUCAGCCAUACACGAUCAUGCCGACUCGCACUGUGUAAUGAAAAUCCUUCAAGGGAAAUUGUGUGAGACGAGGUACGCGUGGCCCACAGGAUCGGAGACGGAAAACGAGGAUCAACUCAAGGAACUCGAGAAGAACACGCUUGAUGUGAACGAUAUUUGUUAUAUUAAUGAUUCACUAGGUUUGCAUCGCGUUGAAAAUCCAAGUGCGAUGAAUCCCGCGGUCUCUCUGCAUCUGUACUCGCCGCCAUUCUCAUCGUGCUCGGUCUUCAACAAGCAGACCGGGCAAAAGUCUACGUGUAAGGUUACAUUCUGGUCCAAGUACGGGGAAGGAAGAAAUCGGCAAAUUCAAGAUGCCAGAUCUCCAGAGGAUAACUAAUCUAAGCAACAGGGCGGAAACACCACCAGCGAUGUGCUAAUUAAGCGUCGGCGAUAUUCUAAUCGUAUGCGGAAAACGAUUUGCAUCUUCUUGGAUUAGAUCUGGCUACUCACUUUAUGCAUAAAUUAAAACGUCGUUAACUAUUAGUUGGGCUAUUACUAUUGUCCAAUUUUCGUUGUGUAAUCGUAUUUAAGUACUUAAAUUUAUUUGUA